CGCACGGUCGCUCAUAUAGGAGGAUCCCAGCAGAGCAGCGGCCAGUGAACGGCGGAGCGCGCACCGGACCAGUUCGUUAACUUCUCCUCCCUCCUCCCUCCCGGUUCAUUCAGCAGCAGCAGCAGCAGCCAACCGGACUACCGGCUACCGGGCAACGAGAGACUCCACCAGCUCCAGCAGACAGCCUCAGACUGCUCGUCAUCGUCUGUUUUUUCACUCCGGAGACUGCGGAUUUUAUCCUUGAUCUUUACCGGUGGAUACCGACAGUCCGCACCGCCUCCCCGUGAAGAACCGUAAAGUGAGCUGUGAUUUUGUUUUUUUGUUUUUUUUUUGAGCAGCCAGGAAAUUAAAAUCCGGUGUGUCGGUCCAGCGGCGUCCCUCUCCGGUUUAACUGCAAACCGGUCAGACUUGGAGAAAGAGCAACAGCCUCCACCGGCGCAUCAGUGAGGUAGAGAAGCCCUACAUCAAGCUGCAGCCAUGGAUGAGAUGGACCUGCCCCAGAUGAAGAAGGAGGUGGAGAGCCUCAAGUACCAGCUGGCCUUCAAAAGAGAGAAGUCCUCCAAAACAGUGACCGAUUUGGUGAAGUGGAUAGAGGACGGCGUCCCAGAGGACCCCUUCCUGAACCCGGAGCUGAUGAAGAACAACCCGUGGGUGGAGAAAGGAAAAUGCAUCCUUCUCUAGAAGAGAAACAUCCGCCCUGCCACGACCGUUCAACUUCAACACACGCCCUACAGACGACCCCUGACCCUCUCCGGCCUCCGAAGGCGCUGGCAGGAUGGCGCCUCCUAACCUCUCACCUUGAAUGUACAACAGCUGAUACCCCCCAACCUCUCCCAAACACACAGAAACACACACCAAGGGCACAGAAACACACACUGAUGGUGGAGACACACACACACUUCACAAUCCAAACUUUGGAUUUGUCCACGACUGCCACACACUCACUGCAAGUUUAUUCCUGCCACGGCAAUGCAUCGUUAUUAUGAUAUGAUGACAACGAUCAAUACUUGUACUACAUGUCUUUAUAUGAAUAUACGACAACUUAUUUAUGCAGCUGCCAGUCACGAGCUUUUCUCUCUGCUGUUUUUGUUUUCUUCCAUGAGUUAAUGAGCUGUGGUAAACUGUGGAGUCACAUUCCCACUGCCAGGCUGACUGGAGAUCUGCGGGAGGAAUUUUGUCCAAUAGUGAGACCGCUUGAUUUUAAUUCAAAAAUAACACAUUUUCUGAGUCUGUGGUUGACAAACUAACUCCAUAAAGUUGUUAACAUUUGAUUAGACUAAAUGCAUCUCUACUCAUAGGAGCCUAUAAUGAUCUAUACACGAAUACAGAUCAUUUUCAGCAUAAAUAUUAAGACUGGAACGUGAGAAUCCUUUAACUUGUGUUUGCUUUCUGUAAGCAGGAAAAGUUUUGGGGAAAAAAAUUCUGCGCUUUUUUUACACUUGUGACAUGUCAAUUAAACACACAAUCACAGCACACAUCUCCAUUAACCCUGUAAAACCCGCCGCUGCAAAAAUACAAGAUCAGUUUCUUUUAUUAUUAUUUACUAUUAUAUAUACAGGGUUAGUCAAAAAGAAUGAACCGAUUUCAUGACACAGUAUUUGAAUAAGGAAAAGCAAUAGAAAACUCCAGCCAAGUUACAAGUAUUCUACUCACAAUCAACUUUUGUUUGAUGUUUAAGGUCAUCGAAUGACAUCGAAUAACAACAGCGAUCGACUCAGUGGAUGGUGAUAUGCUGAUACACGUUUGGGAGGAAUUAUCGCAUUGAUGUUGCCCCUGCUGCAGGUGGUGGCCACAAUGGACACUUGUAAGACAGGAAACAAAAGUUGAUUGUACGUAGAAUACUUGUGACUUGGCUGGAGUUUUCUAUUGCUUUUCCUUAAAAUAUUGUGUAAUGAAAUCGGUUCAUUCUUUUUGAAUAACUCUGUAUAUAUAUAUAUAUAUAUAUAUAUAUAUAUAUAUAAUUUCUGCUUGUUUUUUUCCUAUAUUUGGGUAUAUAUAGAGAAGAAAAAUGAGCAAAAAAAAUAAAUUAUAUAUAUAUAUAUAUAUAUAUAUAUAUAUGAAGAGUUCAUUUGCAAAAACAGAUAACUCCAUUUUCAUAAAUUUUCAGAAAACUUUUUAUUUUAUUGUUUACUUCAGAUAAUAUCAAACUGAAGUUGAGUAGAUUUGACCCUGUAGAAAAAUACAAGACAAAAUACAGAAAAAAUUAAUUAUUAGUGUUAAUUUUUAUUAUCUCAAGUAAACAAUAAAAAAAUAAUUUUUUUGAAAAUUUCGAAAAUCUGUUUUCUCUUUAUAUCUCCUUAUAAAUAUAUACACAUAUAUAUAUAUAUAUAUAUAUAUAUACACAUACAUAUAUAUAUAUAUAUAUAUAUAUAUAUAUACAUAGUUUUAUUUUAUUUCUUUUGCUUAUUUUUUCUAUAUUUGGGUCUUACAGGGUUAAGCCAGGAUUAUGCUCCCUUUCAGAUGUGUUCACGACAAAUGUGGACACCACAGAUGCAUACUUAUUUUAAAUUGUAUUACUUUCUACUUUGCUUGGAAAAUGCAUUUGAUCACACUGCAGAGCAUGCACUCUACUGUCCUUACUGCAUAGUGACCACGCUGUUCCCUCUACAGACAUUUAUGUGUGUCCAUGUGGGGACUCUCGAGGACAAAAUUUACAUCGCUAGUGUAUUUGUGGAUACGAGAAGUCGAACACUGAACUUAGCCAGAUUAAAAAUCAAGACUGCAAAAUGUCUUGGAAGAUGACAAAUUGUCCAAAGGCAUCAGUAUGAGCAGCAGAAAUCAACUGAAGCUUCACAAAAUCCCUCCCCUCAGACUACAUGCGCUGCCGGUGACAUAAACCAAACCCAUAUUAGAAACAACAUGCAUGAACCCGCCAAGCUUUCACAGCUUCGAUGUGACUCCUGCAGUUUUCACACGCGGUUCUAAAUUGCUCGUCAAGCAUGGUUAUCACAUGGAGAUCUGCAGCCAGUUGUUGCUCUGCUUCGGUGUCAUUAGGCAGCUCUGUUUGUGUUGUCAGAGCAGAAUGAAACUCUGGGCCUCUGGAGGGGUUUGAGUUUACUGCUCCCUCUCCUCCUUAGCUACAGCCCCCUGAAGAUCACACACAGACGUUACACGCAGAGAACCGUGCGCACAAACAUUAUCUCUCAUCACACAUGUACAGACGGACCCCUUUAACUUAUUAACUUAUUUAUUUAUUUAUUGAUCAGACCUCUCCCUCACCUGAGUUUUCGUUUCCCACGUCUGCACUCCCUCUUCCUCAUACCCUGAACUAAAAGAAAAAAAAAGAAUAAAAAAAAAAACUUCUACACCUUGCCAGAUCACCAUCUACUACUGCCUUGUACACAGUUUCCUUAAAACGAGAAUGUAAAUACGUGGCAUGAGGUUCGAACAUCACCACUGACCUCAGAACUGGCCUGUGGGCGUGCGUGCAUGUGACUGUAACCGUGUGUUUAUGUGUGUGUGUGCGCAUAUUUUUGAAAUAAAUUUGGACAUCGGGCUCCCAUGCGGAUUGCACACGCAGCUGCAUCACACACACACAGGCAGGCCUGAGGGCGAGCAGAUCAACGACAGACACACACACACACACUGCUUAGUGAGAAUGUGUAUGAGGGGAGGAGUGGCAAGGAUGUGGGAUUCUCUACAAGGACUCGGGACAGGGAAGCGUCAAAAUCAUCUCUGUACUGGAAUGAAUCUCACUCUAUGUGUUUAGAUGACAUUAGCCCUAUUAACUGCAACUGUAAUGCUUAAUUUUCCUCUUUUUUAAACUCAACUUGAACAAUUACAGUGUCCAUGAAGAGCGAAUUAACAUGAUCUUAGUGCAAAAGAUGCCUGAGAGGUAAAGAUUAAAUAGACAAAAUGUGUUCGGGGAAUAUUUGGAGUGAAAUAAUAACCUCUAAUCUAAAUCACUGUGCCUGGGGUGCAGUCAGUGAAUCUGGGAUGAGCAUACGUCUAUCAGUCACAAUAAUAAAACCACCUGCUAAUUAGGGCUGCAACUAAUGACGCGUCGACUAAUCGUCCGAGCACGAUACGUCAUCAAAAGCGUAAGUGAGCGCGCAAUGCAACAGAAAUCACCAUCCGACCGGAGCGCGGAACACGGACGGACAUCGGCGCUGCAUCGUGCAUAUAUUAUGUAUGCAUGAUACAUCACAGAAACCCGCGAUCUAUUGUAAACGCGGAUGUCAGCGUUUACUAUCCAGCUGUAUCUAAACGCGGACAUCGGCGCUGCAUCGUGCAUACAUUAUGUAUGCACGAUGCAGCGCCGAUGUCCAUCCGUGUUCCGCGCUCCAGUCAGACCCUGAUUUCUGUUGCAUUGCGCGCUCACUUCCGCUUUUGAUGACGUAUCGUGCUCAGACGAUUAGUCGACCCGUCAUUAGUUGCAGCCCUACUGCUAAUAUUGUAUACGCCCCCAUUGUGCCUCCAAAAUUGAGGCAGGACCUCUGAGGGUGCUUGGUUUCUUGUACUUCCUUGUAUGCAGUGGAUCCUUUAGGUACUCUGUGGGGUUUUGAGUGGAACAUAUCAAAGGUAACAUCCACAUGAAAGCCAGGACCCAAGGUUUCUGGGCAGAACAUUGUGCUGUAAGGAUAUUCAGUUUACCAGUGGGUGAUUUUAAUGUUUUGGCUGAUUGGAGUGCAUGCAGCAUGAAUCCUCAACAAUAUUCCUAACUAGCUCGUACAAUGGCAUCUUUCAAAUAUAGCCCACAUACAAGAUUUUAUGUAACACUCCAGAGUGAUUUGAUAGUAAAUGUAUGAAGUGAGACUUCCACAGAACAACCAACUGAAGCUCUUAGCAUCAUGGCAUAAGCUUUUGGAGAGUCCUGAAACAUCAAGCUUUCUUACUAUCACGGAAAAAGCAUCAAAUUUUGUCCAUUUCUAAACUGAAAAGUACAUGAGAAGAUUUCUGAGUCUGCCUGUUCCUUGUCCAUUUUCUGUCCAGCUACUGUAACUUUACUUGUUUGGUUUGUUUUUAUAUAAUCUGAACGUAGGUAUGUAUGUACGUUAUUACUAUUACGAUGACAGCAUAAAACCUUGUCUAAAUAUCUAGCAGCAUAUUCCUUGUGAGAGUGCUUUGGAGUUAAUAUUAUGCAUCAGAUCAAAAGUCCUAGUGUAAAGAUGACAACGAGCAAUAAAUUAUAGAUCAUUUUUUAUUGAAUGUUUUACAAAAACAUUUAUCUUAUUGAAUAAAGUAGAAGAUUUUUAGACA